CACCGCGACGACUGUGCUGCUCCGCCGAGACCUGCUCCAUCCCCAGCUGCAUCUAUUUGGGCACGUCGGCGGCAGUGCGGACGGCGACGUCUUUCAUAGCACAGCAAGAUGUCCACCAAUGGCGUCGAGCUCGAUGGGUAUGAUUACCACGGGUGUGUGCUCCGCCCGCGGCAUGGAACAGCUGCGCCUAUCCAGUUGAGUCGCAGGAUUCGAUGAGCGUCCCAACCAUGGCGUUUGGCACCGGCGGCGACGCACAGCUAGUCGGGGAUGCAGCUAGGGCCGAGGUGUGUUCUGACUUCUGAAGCAACAAGUGGUUGGACACGCAGGGUGAGGAUCGGAAAAGCCCCGGAGGAAAGGGAGAUGAACCCAAAUAGGAAAUCAGCUCUUGAAUUGUCUCUGCGCGCUUAUGCUGAUAAGAAGGAUGGCCCUGUUCUCUGUCCAAGUAUUGGAACAAGCUUUGACUCUAUUGACGAGGCUUAUGAGUUCUACAAUCUUUAUUCAUGGGAAUGUGGUUUUGGAGUUAGGCUCGCAAAAAGUAGACUGAAUGUAGAGAGGAAGAGAUGCAUGCAAGAGAUCGUGUGUGCUUGUGCGGGCAAACCAAUCAGGGAAAACAGCCGCUCGUCCAGGUGUGGCUGCAACGCCAUGAUAAGACUGUUGCGGUCAAAUGACAAAGGGUGGUAUAUUGCAGAACACAAAGAUGCCCAUAAUCACCCGCUGUCUUUGACGUGUGGGCAGAAGCUGCACUGGAAGUCUCAUAGACAUAUAGAUAGAUACACCAAGGAUCUAGUUAAACAGUUGAGAGACAAUAAUGUGGGGCUUGGAAAGGUGUUCAGUAUCGUUGGUAGUUUUUUCGGUUCAGUAGAUAAUGUGCCAUUUACGAAGAGGUCGUUGAAGACACUCUGUAGGAAACUAAACAGAGAGCAGUCUGACAUGGAUGCAGUGAAGAGAGCAGUCUGA